AUGAACUCGGUACCGGCGGAAACCCAUUUUGUGGUUUUAACCGCCUACACCAUUCAAACAAUGGCGCUUGAUAUGACCAUCGUUGCAUAUAAACUCAAGUUUAUUGUCUCUCAGUUCAGUAUCCUUACUACUCUUGCAAUGCCCCCCAAAGCUGGUUCUGUUAAAUGGUUCAAUGAGGCCCAAGGACGCGGGUUUAUCACCCCGAACGACGGUGGGCCGGAUGUGUUUGUUCGCCACACAAGUGUGGCCGAUAGGGGUCCGGGAAGGGGCGCCCUACGCGAAGGCGAUGAUGUAUUAUUUGAAGUGACCGAUAGCCCAAGGGGACCGGUCGCUACUUCGGUAGUCAAGAAAUAA